AUGCUGUUUUCUAAUAGUGUGGCGAUCGCAGCCCUCGUGCCGUCCGUCAUGGCAUCGGCGCUGCGACCGGUUCAUCCUCAGCAAGCGGACCUGAGCCGUGUUUCUCAAUCAGAGUCUCCCAUUGCACUUCAGAGUGUGCUGAGAAACAUCGGUGCGAAUGGAUCUGAUGUGGCUGAAGCCUCCGCCGGCGUCGUGGUAGCCUCUCCGUCUACUUCAAACCCGGACUACUUCUAUACCUGGACCCGAGAUGCAGCUGUGACCUUUAGCAUGAUAGUUGAACGGUUUCUGGCUGGUGAUAAUUCCCUAGAUCCACUUAUCCACCAGUACAUUGUCGCUCAAGCCAAGCCGCAGACAAUCCCUAACCCAUCCGGGGACCUCUCGCACGGCACUGGACUUGGCGAGCCAAAAUUCUAUGCUAAUAUCACAGCGUUCCUGGGUUCCUGGGGCCGCUCUCAAUGGGAUGGACCGGCUCUGCGAGCGUCCACUCUCACUGCCUAUAGCAAACACCUGAUGGCUGCCGGGCAGCAGUCGGUGGUGCAAUCGAAUAUCUGGCCUGUUGUGCACGAUCUGUCUUACGUCGCCGAAUACUGGAACCAGGCUGGGUUUGAUCUUAGAAAGGCUGCCGGGACUACCAUUGCCACCGGCCGCUAUGCAGAAGAUACCUAUCAGGGCGGAAACCCAUGUUAUACGACGCUGUGUACCAAUGGAAAAGACAAGGGUCACUUUCUAUCACAGAGACAAGCCUUCCAUUCUUUCAAGACCUUGUCUCGUCUGCUGCCACCGGAAACUACUCCAGCUCUUCCACCACCUGUCACGAAGGCUGUUCAGGCGUAUGCAGACGGAUUCGUCUCUGUGGUGCAGCAGUACAUCCCCAACAACGGGACUCUAUCUGAACAGUUCAGCCGCGACAACGGCACUCCAACCUCCGCACGGGAUCUCACCUGGUCUUACGCGUCGUUUUUGACUGCUGUCGCCCGCCGUGGUGGCAGUGUGCCAAGCUCCUGGGGAUUAUCGCGGGCCAACAAAGUGCCCACUCUGUGCCAGCGGGGCACCGCCACUGGAACCUAUGUUACGCCGACUGUCACAUCUUGGUAG